AUGAUGCCGACCCUGCAAAGCAGGCGCCAGAAACUCUGGGGCAAAGCAGGACACAUGGUCCUGCUCCUACUCUGCUUUGUCAGCUACAACCUGCAGGUAAAUUCAUAAUUUGUAUGAAUGCAUACACAGAAAUAAAAAGCCUCUUAGGCCACUCAGACUUUAGUCCUUCUCAAGCAUUAAAUGUAGACAGAUAAAGAGCUAAAAUGUUUCUGAAUCAAUAGUUAUGAGCACAAUCAUGAGAAAACUGUCUGAAAUCACUUCAGCAGUUUGGUGACAUGCAUGUGAAAAUAAGUCAGUAACAAGAGAGAGAGAAAGAAAGAGAGACAAAUGUUCUUGUAUAUUGGUUCAAAUAAGGGUUAAGAAUUAAUAAAAGAAUGAAAACAAACCAGAAAAAGAGAUAGAGAGUGAUGUUGUCUUCAAUUCCCUGCAGUCUGUGCAAAAUAUUCUGCAAAGACUUCAAGAAAUAAGAAGACUUGGGCAAAUUCACCCUUAUCUAAAGCAUGCUCUCAAUAGUUUAAUUUCAUAACCAGCUAAAAACUGAGAGUUUCACCAAAAAACCAACAGACACGACAGAAAGAGAGAAUCUGAGAGCAGAAACCCUGAUUCUGUUUCUCUCAGGGGUUGAACUUCCUCUCACUGUGAUGUGAUUCUCACAGGUACAGCUGCUGAACCUUACAAGACAAAAACACAAACUAUUUCUUGCAAGUUUAACUCAAUAUAAUGAACGAUCUGAAGAUAGAAUUAAAAUAGCAAAAGAAAGAGUGAAGUCCUCUAACCUCUACCUACGAGUCGAGCAGAAGUUAAGCAGUUAAGUAUCAGGACCAAAUAAGGAAAAAAAAGGAAGAUUUCAAAUAUGAAGUCAUUAUUUUUUAGUGUAGUGAAAGAUGAGCCUUAUAAUUCUGUUUUAAAGAGGGAUUGUACAGGUCUCAGCUUUUUGAUCUGUCUUUUCAGAAUCCUGAUUCUUAUGACUAUGUAGAUCUGAGGAGACAAAUUAACCAGACAGUUGGUCACUCAAAAAUCUUUAUUCUUGUAACAUAUCUACUUUUUUUAUCAUGUAAAAUGACUUAACUAGAAUUCUAUUCACACAAGAUAAGGACUUUACCUCCACUGUAUUCCCGUAAGAUUCUGGCUUCACUACAAUUAUGACUUUAAUCUUGGAAAAUAUUUUCUUUUCUCUCCUGUGAUAAAGGCUUAUGUAUGACUGAACUCUGGUAAAAUAAUGACCUCUUGAAAGAUUAUGACUUUACUGUGACUUUAUUCUCAUAACAUAAGGAGUCAAAUCUCAUUACAAAUUUCCUUUAUUCCUCAUGAGAUGGUCAUUUUAAUCUCAUAACAUUUUCACUUAAAUUUUGUAAGAUUUUAACUUCAAUCUCAUAUAAAACAACAUUCUUGAUAGGAUUAUGGUUAAAUUACAGCUUCAACUUUAUUCUUUUGAGAUUAUGACUUUUCUACAACUACUGAGGAUUAUGUAUUAAAUGUUGAAACAUAACCAUUUUUCUGGUAAGACUAUGGCUUUACAACAACUGUAUUCCAGUGAAAAUUUGACUUAACUACAGUAAAACCAUUGAUAGAUUAUGACUUAAUGAUGACUUAAUGCUUGUAGAAAAAUGAUUCUUAUCUUGUAACAUUACAACCUUUUAUUCUCCCUAGAUACUGAUUUUCUCUGCUUUAUUCCUGAAAUAUUUUGACUUUAUUCUGACUUUAUUCCUGAAAUAUUUUGACUUUACUCUGACUUUAUUCCUGGCUUUUCUUUGACUUUGAUUUUGUCUGAUUAUGAUUUUUGUUUAGAAACCCAAAGACAUUAUCCUCGUAAAGAUAUGGCCUUAUUCAUGUCACAUUGUGACUUUUUUCUGUUGACCUUAAUCUUAUCACAAAAAUUUUUCAAAAUCUAGAAAGAAAAAAUCUUUAAUGUGGUCCAAAUACUCCGUAUUUCACAACUAAAAGGAAAUUUUGGGUAUCUUAAGUACUAAAGAACACAACAAAGAUGACAAUGAGAAAGUAGCUCCUGGACGCGGUCCUCAGCAGACUAAAUGUUCCCGUAUCCAUGGACUCACAGUAGACAUCUGUGUCUCUCAGGUGUGUUAAGGUGACUAAUCAGACAGGUGAGGGUAUCAGAGUUCAGCUGCUGUCUCACUGAGGUGAGAGGAUUAGGUGUGUUCAUAGGAGAUACACUCUAAAAACUCGUGGGUUAUUUCUUCAACCCAAUUACCAGGUUAUACGUGUUGUGUUAAAUUUCUGAGUUAUUUUUCAGAUCCAUACCCAUUUUUUGGGUCAUAUUGAUUCUACUGUAACCCAAUUUGAGGGUUUUUUGGGUUAAAUAUUAUGGGUUAUUUUUCUGAGAGUAACCCAAUAAUUGGGUCAGAACGUUGGGUUCGAUUGACUCUACGUGGUUUCUAGGCCCAAUGGCAAUUAAAGUGACCAGGUGACCUUGUGAACUUUGACUUUGAUUUUAUAUACAAUAUGAUAUAAACAUUAUAUAUAAAUAUUAUAUAUAUAUAUAUGACAUAUAUAUUGGGGUAGCUUCCCCAAUAGAUAUUGGGCGGCUGGGGUAGCUCAGCAUGUAGAGCAUCCAAGGGGUUGGGGUUAGAAUCCCGUAUGAGACACAUCUGUAAGGAGUGAACUACAUCUACCAGCGUGCGUCCUUAGGCAUCACCCUUAGCGCUAUGGCCUACCUUAUAAACAUGAGUGCGUUACUGAUUGGUGGGAAUCAGUUAGAUAAAAGUACAUGGAAAAAUAAGGUACAGGUUGUAAAAGCGAAGCUCCCAAAAAAAAAAAAAAAACCCCAAAUGCUUAUAUCAAUUUUACCCAGGAUCAUGAGUCAAAUCAACUUGAAUAUUGGGCUAACUUGACCCUUAAAAAAAUUAUUGAGUCAACCCAAAAUUUGGGUUAAUUUGAAUAAGCCAACAUUCUGGGUCAAAAUAACCCAAUAAGUUGUCGGUCCCUUUUCAACCCUGGGUUUUUAGAGUGUAGGAGAGACCUGGACUCUGACUGAAUUGUGACUGGCAGCGAGGUCAGCUGUGUCUGCAGCUUGUCUCUGAAAUAAUGAAAAUGCUAAUUAGUCACUUUAACGACAGCAGAUUUAGUCAGACUCAUUAUUAAUGACAAAGCAUUAAGGAUGUGAUCAGUGAGUAAAAUGCAUUAACCUUUUAUGACAUCAUUUAAACAUCAGGAGAGGAUAAAGAGGUGUGUUUGUGUCACUGCAGGGAGACACUGAUGCAGACAACGUUUAUCAUCUUCAUCAGCAGGGAACAUAAAUAUUAAACAUGUUCAAUAUUUACGAUCAGAAUUGUGUGGGGCCAACCAAGUGGGCAGCAAAUCAUCAAAUAUGUUCAACAAAUGAUUGCCAGUCAGGACCCCCUUUUGUCUUCAGAACUGCCUUAAUUCUUGGCGGCAUACUUUCAACAAGGUGUUGGAAAGGAAAGGUGUUUUUGUCCAUAUUGACCUCAGAGCGUCAUACAGAUGCUGCAGAUUUGUCAGCUGCACAUCUAUGGUGUGGAUCUCUUGUUCCAGCAUAUCCCAAAGGGGCGCUACUGGACCUAGUCUGCUCUCCAACUGGGAAAAGAGGACUAUGAAUAAAUUGAUACAAACCUGACUUUUGAAGGAUUAAACUACCCCCUAGUGGCCAAAUUGUAAAAGUGUAGCUAUUUUAUUUUUUUUCUUUCUCUACAGGUUUCAGGCUCUGUCCUCGAGAGUCUGAUCGCUAAACGGGGUGAAUAUUCAGAGAACUGUAACAGAUCUCUGUCAGCCUCCAUUCAGACACAAACUGGUGAGCCUCUUCACAAAUGCCUGACUUUUGAACCCCCUGUUUGUUGUCACUGAAGUCUAGUUGUCACUUUUUUGUUUGUUUGUUUGUUUGUUUCUUUCUUUCUUUCAGGAAUCUUCUGCAAAGGAAGUUUUGACAUGUUCUUGUGUUGGCCUCACUCUCCUCCUGGAAAUGUGUCUGUGCCCUGUCCUUCUUACCUCCCGUGGAUCAGUGAUGGUAAGCACAUGACCUAAUGAGCAAAAAGAAAAGAGAAAUAUGUGAAGCAGGGGCGUGUCCAGAGGGUUGACCGGGUCUGCUUGACAAAUGUGUGGGACUUGGGUCUUCUAUUUUAUCUGUACUGUGACUCUCAUUUACCCCUCAGAGGUGGGAAUAUAAAGAGGGGGUCUCCUGUCUGCCAUAAAGCACCACCACACAGAAAGUAGUGAAGAUCUGCCACUUGUAGCAUUUUGCAGACCAGUUUUUAACUCUUAAGUUUUCCGUCUCUAUUUAUCGCUCAGUAAUCAUAAGGUAGAUGCACAGACCCGAUUUUUGCCGGGUUCGUAAAAACUUGAUUUCAACCAUCCUGGAUGGUGCAGAACUGGAAGAGUUGAAUUAAACAUAAGACACACACAGACAAAAAAAUAAAAAAACAAAAAAUAAAAUAAAAUAAAAAACCCUGUAGUCUGGUGAAUAUUUAUGCACCAUCUGAUAGGAAGAAAAUCUAAAAGAAAAACACAGAGUUAUUAUAAAACAUAAUUAUCAAAAAAAUAAUUGCAUAAAGCUCACAAUGGAGUCAGAUUUGUUGAAAAGAAGACUUUUUGAGUUUUAAACUUCACUCACAAGCCGCACAUUUCAGCUAAAUAUAAACUGUAAUGGAGAUAAACUACCUAAAGGGCGCUCUGUCACGUUUUAUCCAUUGAAAGGGCAUAUUCAUAUUUCACAAAAUGUUUCAUACUUUAAUGCGCAGCUACUCAACCAAUUAUUUAUAGAUUUUUAGUAAAAAAGGGCACCAGAGGGAGCUUUAUAUUAUGUUUUAAUUAAACUGGGCGCAUUCAAAAGGGCACUUCCACCCCUUAUUCCUCUAAUAGAUGGAUUUUGUCUAACAGUGUGUCUUGGAGUGGUAGACCGCUGUCUAUUGCUUUUGUGCCGUCUUUGCUGAAGUUGCUAUAACUAGAGAAGCAACCAGCUGGCAUAAUCCAUCUCUCGAGGGGGUGUCUAACUCAGUGUUACUGUGUGUUUGACCACAACUUAAACUUAUGCCAGAAUAUCCCUCUAAGGCUCAAGUAAAAAUCACAUUUCAAAAGAAUAAAACGUCCCUUAACUAUUCUUCCUGUCAGCCUGUCCUUUGACUCAACUCCUGAAAAAAACCUGUUACGGUGUUUUUUUUAUCUACCUGCAGAUGUUUCAAGGAGAGCUCACAGAGAGUGUUUGGAGGACGGGAGGUGGAAACAGAGGGAGAACUCCUCUGAGGUCUGGAGAGACGAUGAGGAGUGUCAGGAGGAGCGGUACUUUAAAGACAAGGUGAAAAGCUUAUCCUCUCAUGAGUUCAACAAGGGCGGACAAUCUGCAACAGUCAGAGCGAUCUUCAAUAAAUGUGGAAACUACACAACUACAAAAACACAUGCAUAACAAAUACACUAGUAGAAACACACCAGUAAAUGUGCUGCAAGUACACACAAGAUACAAAGCAAGAACACACAUAAACAGUUUCUCCUGUUGCAGGUCAUCUGCCCUCAUCAGCUUCUGUACAAAAAUAAAAAAGAUAUUUAGAUGAGAAGCUGAAGAUUCCUCAUCUACCCUGGGUCAUGAAUGCAAAGCAGUUUUUUGUCUUCUCCUUUAUUUAUUUAUUUGUGUGUGUGUGUGUGUGUGUGUGUGUGUGUGUGUGUGUGUGUGUGUGUGUGUGUGUGUGUGUGUGUGUGUAGUUUCAGGAGGAUGAGAUGCAUCGACAAACGGCCCUUAGACUCAUCUCUAUCAUCGGUUACGCUCUGUCUCUGUCCUCCCUCACUCUGGCUGUCUUUCUGAUGGGCAUGCUGAGGUAAGUGAGAGGGGUCAGGGGUUAAAAAUGGGGUUUGAUGACUGAAGUCAAUAUUUUGUGUCGAGGGAGAAAAAGACCUGGGAUUUUGAUGGGACAGGUAGUUGGGUGUUCCCUUUCCACCACUUGAUAAAAAGCAAAGGGAGACUUGACCUCUGUGUUUACAAAAAGACACCAACUUUUCCUUAAAGCUGCUGUUGGGAAUUCUGGUAUUUGUCAGGUUUGGCACUCCCGGUAGACAAAGUAAUACCUCAUAUCUUGGGGGCUGUCUGGCCUGUCCGGGGGGGAGUUUAUAAAAUCCUUCAAAUGUCCAGGGUUUUGUAUGAAAGUUUUGAGUUUCAAUCAAUUAAUCUAGCAAUCAACUAUAUUUCUAUAGCACAUUUAAAAGAACCACAGGGGUAGCCAAAGUGUUGUACCUUGAGACAUAAAAAACAAAUAAAACAAUCAAAGAACAAGAUAGAGCGAGCACAAAUACAUGAAUGCAAAAAAUAAAUAAAUAUAUAAAUAAGCAGACUCACGGCAAGUGCUAAGAUGAUAACAAAUAAAAAAACACUACAAUGUAUUAAAAGCAAAGGAGUAAAAGUGCGUUUUUAAAAGGGAUUUAAAAACAGGAAAUGAGGAGGCCUGUCUAAUUUCAAGGGCGAGUCAUUCCAGAGCUUGGAGUCAUGUGUUUGUGUCAUGUGGACUUACUGAGUUAGAAGCAUAUAAAAAAUACUCGAACCGACUCAAAAAACUCUCAAAAUUAACUAUGCGCAACUCUGUGACUCCGCCCUCGCGUAGUUGUGUCCUCUUUUUGGGGAUUCAGAAUAUGGUCACCCUAGUUAUUAGGUCAUGGGAACUCAGCUUUACAAAAGUGACUUCAGUGAAACAUAACAACUGAAUUACACCGCACAUAAACUUUUUCAUAUUAACAGAUUGAACUAUCAAAGCACCUUUGCAUAUCUUAAAAUGUAAACAAAUGAACAAAAGUUUAGCGUUGAAGAGGACACGUUGGUGUUUAACAAUAGGUUAUCAAUCCUUCUAAUAGGUUAUCAAUAAAUGCUAUGGCUGAGUCAUGAGCUCUUGACUACAUUGAUGAUCCUCUUGGUAUGUCAGAGGGAGGAUGAGGAGGAUUGAAGGGAUGUUUGCAGACUUAGAGGAAGAUCAGUCACUGCUAAUAUCAUUAUGACAAUCAUGAAAUGUUCCUUUGUUGUUUCAUGAACUCUGAUCAUUAUUCAUCCAUUCGUAUGCAGCGACAUGUCCUCUCUGUAAUGCUUUUAUAAUCCCUCAGAGAGUCUUGAUCAAUACCUCUAAUGUCUGUUUACCAGGAAGCUGCACUGCACCAGAAACUACAUCCACAUGAAUCUGUUCAUGUCGUUCAUCCUGAGAGCUGCAGCCAUCAUCUCCAAAGAGAUCAUCUUAUACAUCAUGUACUCCAACCUGCCCCGAGACGACCCAGGCUGGAGCUCCUACUCCACCUCUGCAGUAGGUCAAAGUUCACAGAGAAGCUGUUGUAAAUGAACAAAUCGUGAGAUUAGUGUGUGAUUUGGUGUUCAUCUCCGCAGAUAUCAUUGAUGUGUAAGUUCUCCAAAGUGUGCAUGGAGUACUUUGUGGCCUGUAACUACUUCUGGCUCCUGGUAGAGGCAGUUUUCCUCCACACGCUGCUCUUCACUGCCGUGCUGACAAAGAGACGUCUGCUGAAGAAAUACAUGCUGCUAGGAUGGGGUAAACUUGAAAUUAACGUUCUUAUGUUUGCAAAAAAGAACCAGGGAGCAACUUUUAUAACACUGAGGCCUUGUACACACGUAGAAACAAAUACCCAACCCCCUCCAUUUAAAAAAAAAAAAGUCAUUUACACACAUCAUCAUUUUCAAAUAAAAUCCCAUCCACACAAAAAUGCAUAAACGUGCUAUUGACCGCGGUUAUAACCAUGCUAGACCUAGAGUUAGUAGUACUUGCCAAAAAGUUAGCCCCAUUCUAUCCAAUCAGAGCACUUCCCCAAACAUGACGCUGUGUAGCUCAUUCGUGUGGACUGACAAGGAGGUGGAAUUGUUUUUAAGCAUGGUUUUGGAGUAUAAAGUCAACAAGACACAAGAAAGGUAGAGGAAGGGUUAUUUGGUGUAGAAUAACCGACUGUAAAGCACUUCUUCUCCUUUGCUCCACACAAAAAUAUAUACUCAACUUCUCAACUCAACUUUAUUUAUUAAGCACUUUAAAACAACCACAGCUGAACAAAGUGCUGUACAUAACUAGACAAAACAACGAGAUGAAAAACAAUCAACAAACAAUUAAAACAAUGGAUAAAAUAAAACCAGAAUUAAAAGUAAAAUAUAGUUUCAAUGUUUUUAAAAAGUAAUUUAAAAACAUUGAAACAAAUAACUAAAAACAAACCAUAAAACACUAAAACAGGAGCCGUGUGUUUAUCUUUGCCAUCCACUGCCUGACAUAAACAAGGCGGCGUAGUAUAUAACGUUUAUCUAUUAGUUGUCGCGGACAAUGACAUUUGGGGAUUUAAAACUCUGGUUAUCUUUUUCAACAUGCAAACGCAAAUCCAGAGUUUUCCAAAAUCAUCACUUUGGCCGGAGUUUUCCAAAAGCACCGUAUUUAAUGACGUAACCCUGCAGUUUUGUGUGGAUGGCAGGCCAAAAUAAAAUAAAAAAUAUAUUUGUUUUAUCAAAUAAAAUACCCAGCUAAGUGUGGACAAGGCCUCAGACCAUGAGAUAUUUCUGCAGAUAUCAAAUUUAAUGAUUAAAAAAAAAACCUUUUGUUUAUAUGCCUGAAAAUGCUCCUUCCUCAUUCCUGUGCCUCCUGGUGCAGCUUAAACUUAAAGGUUAAAGUUCACAAAAGAAUUUGUGUUACUCCAGUGAGUGCAUGUUUUUCAAUCCUGACAAAUUCUCAGAGUGACAGAAACUUACAAGAAUUUCAGGCCCACAAUGUACCCAGGCUUUGGUAUGUCAUGUAUGAUUUUUGUUAAGUAUUCAAACCAGUACAGAGAUGGACCAGAGCAAGGAGACCAGGAAAGUAAGAUCAUAUUUGUGUUCCUCUCUCAGGCACUCCUGUCCUCUUCGUGACCCCGUGGACUGUGGUGAAGAUUUUAUAUGAAAACACAGGGUGAGUCUUUCAAAACCUUCAUGUUCAAUAGAUUUCAGUGUCCUCCACUGUUCAGCCUAAUAACCCUCUUGUCCACCUCAGAUGCUGGUCCAUCGUGAACAGAUGGUUCUUUUGGAUCAUCAAAGGUCCCAUCACUCUCUCAGUUCUGGUGAGUCUUAGAUUCGAAGAAGAAGCACAGAUCAUCUAUUGAGUUUUAGAGUCUGCAGCUCUUUCUGAUUUCAUGCUGAGUUUGAUGCUCUAUGGUCUCAUGGAAACACGUGAUGUUUAAUGUUUUAGAGGGCAGAGGUCACGGGCAUCAAAAGUGACUGAUUUCACUGAUUUCUUAUUUUACCACAGCUCAUCCUUUCUUCUGACUCUUUUUUGAGUAGCUCACCUCAUUGCUAGAAAAAGGUUUAUUUAGUCAGGAGUUCUAAUGUCAUCGAAAAUGUCGAUUCCAGUAUUAACUUAAGCGUAUAUAAUAAACCUAGAAUUCUUAUUUUUUAAGUGUAGAAUUUUUGUUGUUGUUUUUACUUUACAUGCGCUUUAUUUGUUUAGCCAUGCCUGUACUUAGAUUUAAACACUAACUCUAAUAUGCACUCUGAAAAUAAACCUUAAUUCAAGCAGGAGUAGUGGGCCAGGGAGAAAGGAGAAGAAAUAGGGGGUGGCUGUUAAAGAUGGGAUACUGCGGAAGUCUGAACCCACAAACACUUUUAUCUGUUAAAAUUUAGUUACUGACCUGAUUCUCAAAAUUAACUGUACUGUUUUUUAUGGACUGUUGGACUUGUUUAUUCUAAAGCCACUGUUUUAAGGUAAAUCUUCUGCUAUGUUAGAAAAAAAAUCACUUGUUUUUAGUCAUGCCACAUUCCAUACUGGUUCUUCAACUUCUUCAAGGCAGCAAAGCUUUUAUUAGUUCUAAUAAUUGUGAUGCAUGAUGUUGUAAAUACUUUAUGAAUCAAUAUAUCUGUGUUUCUUGAUCAAAUGGCCUUUGAAACAAGAAAAAGCCUGCAAUGUUUUAUAUUAUGUAUUGACAUUGCAGGCCAGGCUUCAAACUCGUAAAUGUUACUAUUUUCCGGCAGAUGGCACCAUUUACCCAUUUUGUCUCUCUAGGCCAAAGCAAACUGUUCUCCUCUUGAUCUGCAGAGACAGUGUGGAGUCUCCUGAAAGGGGUCAAGCUCUGAAACAGAUUUUUUUACUUUUUAUCUAUGAUCAGGAAUUAAGUUAGUGAAAACACCUGAUAAAGUGAAAGUUUUAUGUCCACUUUUGGGGCUUUAUAUGCUGAGUGAUUCUUUUUUUUAUAUAUAUAUAUACCAGGACAUAAAGGUUAAUAGACAUUAUAUGUGUGUUGCAGAUUAUUUUCUUCAUAUUCAUCAAGAUUUUGAUGCUCCUGCUGUCCAAACUAAAAGCAGAUCAGGUCAAAUUCACCGACUACAGAUACAGGUACGUCUCCUCAUCCGAUCAUCAGGGGGACUUUAGACCUUGGAGGUGUGUGUUUCAUAGAAAUGCAGUUUUCUGAAGCCCAGCUGGUGAAGCAUCUUUCCCUCCAGUUUGUCCUCUGCUCUUUAAAUCAUCAACUCUGUAUAACUAUAGACCUCCAAAUGUCUUCUUUUCUGCCCCUCAGUCUGGCCCGGGCCACUCUGGUCCUGAUUCCUCUGCUGGGGAUCCAUGAGGUGGUCUUCGCUGUGCUGAGCGAUGAAUGUGUGAAGGGCAGCAGCCGCUAUGCCCAACACUUCAUCAACCUCACCCUCAGCUCCUUUCAGGUAACGCCACUAAGGGUUGAUUUUAUGCACCUGACAAACUUAAACCAGAUUAACUAGAGUUAUUAAGAGAGUCUCUUUUGCUUCAGGGGUUCCUAGUUGCUGUGCUCUACUGCUUUGCUAACGGAGAGGUAUGUUUCUUUGUCUUUCCUCUUUUGAAUUUUACAGAAUUAUUUUAAAGCAAUGAUUGUGUUUUAUAAGUCAACAGACAUCAAAAUCCCAGGGAAACAGUAGAACAUACAUGCAUGGAUGAAGAUGAAGAUCAUAUGAGUCUGUAUUAUGUUCUAUUUACAAAACCCAAUUCUAUUGAAGUUGGGAAAUUGUGAUGAACGUAAAUAAAAACAGAGUACAAUAAUUUGCAAAUCCCUAUUUUUUUAAUAGAAUACACUACAAAGACAACAUAUUUAAUGUUCAAACUCAUAUUUAUUUUUUUUUGCAAAUAAUAAUUAACUCAGAAUUUCCCUCACAAAUAAAAUGUAUCAUUAUCAUCAUUAUUAUUACUGUAUGUUAGUGAAGAUGACUCCAACUCAAUGGUUUACGCUGGUAGUACCUGACUCAGGUUUUGCUGUUAUUUCCACACAUCUUUAAUCUCACAGGGCUUCCAUGUUGACCUUUUACCUGUUACAAGAGUAAUGUCAGCUCAGAUGGUCAGUCAGGUAGCAUUAGUGAGCCUGUUAAGUCAUGUGGACUAAAUAUGAAGGACAUUAAACUUUCUGGUUUCAGGUCCAGGCUGAGCUGAAGAAGCGCUGGCAGCUUUUCCUCUUCACAAACCAGGUUGGGAGCUGCUUCAACAGCGUUCCCUUCAAACAGCUGUGGAAGUGCACCCGGACACACCGACCAAACUGCUCCUACGACGAGGGCGGCACCUCCACCUCACACCCACACCUGCUUCAGCUGGCUGUACAUGGUGGAGGAGGAGGAGGGCAGGGACCAGGAGAGGUCAGAGGUCAGGGGAUGAAGGGCGGUGACACAGCAGGACUGGACUUUCUCACCAGGAAGAGUCUGUCGAGCAGUGAUGGAGAGAUGACGCUUGGAGAGACCAUGGAGGAGAUCCUGGAGGAGAGCCAGUUCUGA